AUGAGAUCUGCGGUUAAAGAGAGUUUAAGAGACGAUUUCAGAUAUAAAUCUAUGAAACACGAGGAUAGGGAAUUUUUGUUCAAUGAGUAUAUAUCCGAGUUGAAAGCUGCUGAACACGCAGCAGAAAGAGAGACCAGAGCUAAAAGGGACGAGCAGGAGAAGUUGCGGAAAGGGAGCGGGAGUUGCGUAAAAGGAAGGAAAGAGAAGAACAUGAAAUGGAAAAAGUACGAAUAA